UAGCACUAUGCAUUUGACAGCUAGUUAAAUGUGAUCAUACAAGAUGGUUUAUAACAAAGUUAAUUUUUCCCAACAAUUUUCCUAAAGUUGGAUGCCCUCAAAGACUUAUUUCCCGCCUUUCCGUUCUUUAAGCCAUCCACAAUUUGGUAGCUCCUCUCUCUCACAGUAUCAAUGGACGACAAGAAAAGGAAACGUCGCCGACCGGAACCGAGCUCCGACGACGAAACCAGACUCCCAUUCAAGAACCGCCUCAAACCCGACUCGAUUAUCCUCGAAUCCCUCCAAGACCUCCUCAGAACUCACUCCGCUUCAUCCUCUAACUCUAAAACCCUAACCCUAACCGAACUCUCCCUGGCCUCCACAUGUCGCGAGGUAACCGACCUCUCCCUCCCCUCCGUCCAAUCCGCUAUCGAGUCCCAAAUCUUGAAGAUCGCCCACUCCAUCCUCUCCGGCCACGGCUUCUCCUUCGACGUGCCCUCCCGCUCCGCCGCCAAUCAGCUCUACGUCCCGGAGCUCGACCGCAUUGUCCUGAAAGACAAAACUUCCCUCCGCCCCUACGCUAACAUCUCCACCGUCCGCAAGUCCACCAUCACUACCCGUAUCCUCCAGCUCAUACACCAGCUCUGCUCCAAGAACAUCCACGUUACCAAGCGUGACCUCUUCUACACCGACGUCAAGCUCUUUCAGGACCAGACCCACUCCGAUUCCGUUCUGGACGACGUCUCUUGUAUGCUCGGCUGCACUCGCUCCAGCCUCAAUGUCAUCGCAGCUGAGAAAGGGGUUGUUGUGGGUCGGCUGAUUUUCAGCGAUAAUGGCGACAUGAUCGAUUGCACGAAAAUGGGAAUGGGCGGAAAGGCCAUUCCCCCCAACAUUGACAGAGUUGGGGAUAUGCAGAGCGAUGCAUUGUUUAUACUCCUGGUUGAGAAGGAUGCGGCAUAUAUUCGAUUGGCCGAGGAUCGGUUCUAUAACCGGUUUCCAUGUAUAAUUGUGACGGCAAAGGGGCAGCCGGACGUUGCUACUCGGUUGUUCUUGAGGAAGAUGAAGAUGGAAUUGAAGCUCCCCGUGCUUGCACUGGUGGAUAGCGAUCCUUACGGGUUGAAGAUUUUGUCCGUUUACGGAUGCGGCUCCAAGAACAUGUCGUACGAUAGUGCUAAUUUGACGACCCCUGAUAUAAAGUGGUUGGGGAUUAGGCCGAGUGAUUUGGAUAAGUAUAAGAUACCAGAGCAGUGUAGGUUGCCAAUGACGGAGCAGGAUAUUAAGACCGGAAAGGAUCUGUUGGAGGAAGAUUUUGUGAAGAAGAAUCCCGGAUGGGUUGAGGAGCUGACUUUGAUGGUGAAGACGAAGCAGAAAGCGGAAAUUCAGGCUUUAAGCACGUUUGGUUUUCAGUACUUGUCUGAGGUCUAUUUGCCACUCAAGCUGCAGCAGAGGGACUGGCUAUGAGAGGCGUAGUUUGAGCCGGCAGAGGAUUUGUGUAAUGCCAAAAUGUUCCUUCUGUGAUGAUGUCUCUGCAAGUUCCUUCGUUGCGAAAUAAGUUAGACAACAUCGAUAAAAUCUGACCAUUUGCAGAUGUGUGGAUCCUAUCCACUUUGGAGGAAAAAGGUCAACAAGAUUAUGACCGGUAAGAUACAUGGAAACAUAUCAAGAGGCAAAAGGAGCAGAUGAGAAGGGCUGUUUUUAUUUAACAAUUUUUCAAAAUUGCAUUCAAUUGUUCUGCUACUUACAUUGAGGCCAUACGGGGUUUUUACAUGUAGCUACUUAUUCCGCUUUGAAAGCAAAAUGUAAAGAAUAUAGCAUAUUUUAUACAUGUACAAACUCUUUGAACUGAUUUCACAUACAAAAAUAAUCAUUUUCUAACGCCA